AUGGAAGACUCGCCUUCGAUAGAAACCGUAUACGAAGCUAUUUACGCGCUCUACAACCAAAACACUAACCCUGCCGAAAAGCAGCGAGCCUCGAACUGGCUUAACGAAAUGCAGAAAUCGGUAUACGCAUGGAAAAUAGCUGAUGAAUUGUUGGCCAGGAAGGUGGACCUGAACUCGUGUUAUUUGGCAGCACAGACUAUGCGAUCCAAAUUACAAAACUCCUUUCAUGAACUACCUCAAGAUUCACAUGCGUCAUUACGAGAUGCCUUACUGAAUCAUCUGUCAAAAUUAGAUGAUACCACUGACGGUGUAAUUGCUACACAGUUGUGCGUUGCAUUGGCACACUUAGCUCUCCAAAUGGGUUCGUGGAAGAACGCUGCUGUUGAUAUUGCUUCACGAUAUAAUUCACUGAAAACAUGUUUCAUAUUAGAGUUGUUGACUGUGUUGCCAGAAGAAGUCAAUUCUCGAACUUUACGUCUGGGUGCUAAUCGUCGAUCUGAAAUUUAUACUGAAUUUAGUGAUAACUUGCCAGCUGUUAAUCAAUUAUUAGAGCUGUGCUUGACAUCUGAAGCAAAUGAUAAUCUCAUCAAAAUCCGAUCGUACAAAUGUUUUGCAUCAUGGUUGAAUAUCAGAAGUGUAUCAUUAUCACAAGUGUGGCAUAGCAAUGUGCUAUCAAAUGCGUUUAAUGUGUUGAGUUUUGAUGAAUGUAGUAUGAUUCAAGAAGCAGCUGCAGAUGCAGUGAUUGCAUUUCUCCAAAAUCUAGAAGAUAAUAACAAUCAAGAUGAAAUACAAAUUGAAAUUAUAAAUUCAGUUAGUAGAUUAGAGCAAGCUUACAUGAUGUCAGUUACCAAUGAAGACUUGGAUCGAACUGUUAAUUACUGUAGAAUAUUCACUGAGUUAGCAGAAUCACUAGUAAUGACUAUGGUAAACAAAAGUUUAGGAUCUAAUGGUCUUCCACAUUUCUCUAUAAAAGCAUUAGAAUUGGUUAUUUUAUGUGCUAACCAUCAUGAUUAUGAGGUUUUAUUAAUAACAUUCAAUCUAUGGUUUAGGUUAUCCGAAGAAUUAUAUAAAAUAAAUAAUGUAGUUUUAACUGAAAUGUUUAAACCUUAUUUUGAACAAUUAAUUGGUGCUUUAUAUAAACACUGUAUGAUUGAUACAGAUCAUGAAGGUCUAUUGGAUGAAGGCACAGAAGACUUUGCAGAUUUCAGAAUGAAAUGUUCAGAUUUAAUUAAAGAUGUAGUAUUUAUAGUCAGUUCAUCAGCUGUUUUUCAACAAAUGUAUAUGCUCUUACAAACAGCUUCUGUGUCUAAUGUCACUUGGGAUCAAAUGGAAGCAGCACUGUUUAUUAUGCAAGCCAUUGCUAGGAAUAUAUUGCCACAUGAAAAUGAAGUGGUUCCGAAAGUGGUUGAAGCUAUCCUUAAUAUGCCAGAAACUGUUCACAUAAACAUGAGAUACACUUCAGUGAUGCUGUUAGGAGAAUUAUGCGAAUGGAUAUCACAUGAACAACAUUCAGAAACUUUAGAACCAAUAUUGAAUUAUCUACAGUAUUGUUUACGCCAACCAAAUCUUGCUGCUGUCACAGCAAAAUCUUUACAUAGUAUUUGUACUACUUGCCGACAUCACAUGGUCAAACAUCUCAGUGGGCUUAUUGAAAUCCUUAAAGUGGUUGAUAUGCUGAAUUUACCGAAUGAUGUUGCGAUUGGUUUAUUAAAAGGUGUUGCUGUGAUUGUUGCUGAAGUUCCCGAAGAACAUGUAUAUAAAGCAAUUAAAGAAAUUUGUGGGAGACAGUUAAGUCCAUUAUUAGCUUUAGUUGAGUCUACAUCAGAAAAAACUGUUCCUGAAACUAAUACUUCUACGGACCCAAUAUAUUGGUUGGAUCGUUUAUCAGCCAUUUUAAGACAUUUAGCAACCAAAUCAAAUAAUGAAAAAGACCCUUGUGUAGUUGCUAUUGUUGAAAUGUGGCCAUCUAUGUCAAAAAUAUGCACUAGAUAUAAAACCGAUUCACGUAUCACUGAACAUUUUUGUCGGUGUCUUCGAUUUAUGAUUAGGUUGGUUAGUCGAUCAACAACUGCACUUUUAGCACCAGUUGCUCAACAAAUGGCGUAUUUAUACAAAGAGCAUCAUCACAGUUGUUAUCUUUAUAUCGGUUCAAUUUUGGUUGAUGAAUAUGGUUCCAAAUAUGACAACCCACUUGUUAUGACACAAUGUCACUCACUCCUAUUAGAAAUGAUAGACGCAUUCAUUGAACCGGCAUUCCGAUUAUUUAGUGAAAAAGAUGGACUCAGAAACUAUCCAGAUACCGUUGAUGAUUUCUUUCGAUUGGCGUGCAGAUUUAUUCAAAAACUUCCAAUGCCUUUUCUUCAGUCUCCGGUACUUGAAGUAAUCAUUAGGUGCAGUAUAACUGCUGUUUCAUUGGACCAUAAAGAAGCUAAUGCAUCUGUUAUGAAAUUUCUAUUAGACUUAUUAUUAUGUGGAAAAUCAAGAAAAGACAAUAUCAACAAUGAAGAAUGUAGACAAUAUGUUACCUCAAUAAUAAAUUCAAUUGGUGAACAAUUAAUUGACAAUUUAAUUCAAGCGAGCGUUUUCUCACUUCAAACAUACAUGUUACCUGAUGUGAUCGACGUGAUUAUUGAACUGAUGGCUUAUGAUAAAGUCCAAACAUUAAGAUGGUUAACUGGAGCAGUUGAAAAAUUACCAAAACAAAACUCUGCCGGUUUAGUUACAGCAACAAAUGAACAGUGUCUACAAUUUUUAAACUCUUUUCAUAGUUAUGAAAAUGAUGGAGAGCUAUGCCGUUCAUUACGGGAAUUUUCGCGAUAUUUUCGGUAGUGUUGACUAUGAUUAAUAUAUUAAAAUGUUUUAAUGUUAUUCAGUUUUGACCUUGCUGUUUAAAUCAUUUUGUUUUGAAUUUUUAAUAAUUCACUCCAUUUGAUUGUGCUUAUAGUUGUGAAAAAACCUAAGUUUAUGUUCAAUGUUAAAUCACUAUUAAUUGCAGUAUAGUUGAUAUACUAACUAAUUAUCAUGUAUAAAUAAAUUAUCAUUGGUUGAACAUUUUUCACUUACCUUUUGUGUGAAAUGUUUAUUAUUGAGUAAAGUACAAGAAAUAUCUAAUAAUUUUCCUUUAUUUAUUUACUAAAAUAAAUAAAUCAAUUAAUUUUAAUAUUUUAAUAUUUGAGCAUUAUGCCAAAAAUGUAAUUUUAAAUAUCUAACAUUCUGUUCAGUUUUAAAAAUGGUAUUUUUCUCUUGUCUUUAUUUCAACAAUAAACAUUCAGGUUGAUUUUUUGUCUGAAAAGUGUAUCCAUAGAGUAGUGAGAGGUAGCAGUGUCUACCUCAGUCUUUAAAUUGACCAUUGUAUAUAGUUUGAAUACCUAAUUGUAAUUAAAGUUUUUUGUUUUUAAAAUUCAUAAGAA